AUGUUUCAAAUAGAAUGGCACGAAUACAUUCAUAAAAUGAAAAGACAAAUCGGAGGAAAAAUGUGGUCAUUAACACAAACUGUUGCUGUUUUUAUUAAUGAUGAAUUUCUUGGAAGUGAUGUGGAAUUUUUACGCUAUAUAAGUCAAAAUUAUAUCUUUAGUUUACCUGUUGGAGUAGAAUUUUAUGAAAAUCUCGCUACAGAACGUUGUAAACAAUUUAUCGAAAAAUCUAAAAGGAAAUAUGUUUAUUUCACAUUUUCGUUAAAUAAUUCAACUAUUGGUUCAUUUGUAUUUGUGCUAUAUUCUGAUUUGUUACCAUUAACUUGUCAAUACUUUCUAAAUCUUUGUACUGGAUAUGAUGAAGUGAAAGAAUGUUAUAAAGAUGCUUAUUAUAUAAAUACACAUUUGCAUCGUAUUGUAAAAAAUGGAUGGAUCCAAUGUGGAGGAUUUGAAUCACACCUAAUCAAUGAAAAUACUGCAAAUGUUGAAAUACCUGAUGAAUCUUAUUGUAUCCCUCAUGAUCGUAGAGGAGUUCUUUCUAUAGUAAAUAAUGGAAAACAUUGUAACAAAUCACAGUUUAUUAUAUGUUUAAAACCAAAUCCGUGGAUGAAUUAUUUCUAUGUUGCUUUUGGACAGCUUGUAGAUGGUGCUAGAACUCUAAAAAUAUUAGAAAAUAUUUCAACAUAUUAUGAACAUCCUAUUAAACAGGUAAUAAUUUCACGAUGUGGAGAAUAUAUUUUUGGUGAUGAAAUUAAGAUGGAAACUGAAUCAAAGAUCUUUUUUGAACAUUCAUCACCAAUAAGCAUGGAAGGAGAAAAUGUAAGAGUCAGUGACAGUGCAUUUAAUUUCUGCUCUAUCACACCAUGGCUUGAUAAUAUUGUUGAUAAGGUAGAUGUUCGUGAUACUAAAUCACUUUUGAUAGCUGAACAGUAUUUAAAUGGUCUUUACUGUCUUUCAAGUGAUUAUGAACCAGGAAUGGAUAUGCGUGUUUAUGAAAAAAUAUAUUUAAUUGGUAUGGCAAAAUAUGAUACAACAACUACUAAACUUCAUGAUUUAUUACUGAAUUUUCGACCAGAUACAAUGACUGAACGAGAAAAAAUUAUAUUUGUAUCAGAAAUUUCAAAGAUUAUUUUAGCUUAUAUCUUUCAUCAUGAACAUAAUGAAUUUUGUUUACAACAUAUUUCAUUGAAUACUCAUGCAGUUAUACAUAAAGUAUUAAAAAUUGCACACGAAAUAUCAUUGAAAGCUAUUGAAAAGGCCGAAACGAAAUCUUUAAUUUUUCAGAAAUGCCGCUAUUCAAAAAUCAGGAAAAUGUUUGAAGUAAACCAUGUCAAUAAUAUAUUAGUCUCUGAAGAUUGCAUGUCAUUACUAGAAGAAAUAUUAAAUAAAGCUAUAGUAUGUUUAAUGAGAACUUUUGAAAUUCAAGAAUAA